AUCCGGACUGUCCCAUAAUACGCAGAUUGCUACUUAUUUAAAUCACUUCCCAUCGCUCGCCCGCGGUUCUCCAAAGGCUCAGUGCCCCUUGGACACCCUCCCCUCCUAUCUAUCUAUCUAUCUAUCGAUCGACCUAUCUAUCAUCGUUCUCGUCGUCUCUUCACUUGCAGUCCAUCCAACAGCAUCUGAGAACUAUCCAGCUAUCCAGUUAUCGGUUUGCCACUAUCCUAAGCAGUCAUCAUCUUCCCGAUCUGGAAAGCGUGCUGAUUGCUGACAUCGCCAACCUGUCGUCCUGGGUCAUUGCUCGAUGAACGAAUCCUCCGACGAACCUCCUUUACACCGUCUCCGUGGAUGGGUCCGGAUUAAAGCAUAUGUUUCCAACCUCAACCCUUUUGGAGCUGGUGGUCAUCGGCAUGAGAGACACGAUCCGACGAUCCUGCCCAUAGAGAACCGUUCUGCUGUUUCCUCCAACGGCCAUCAACAUGAACCGCACCUGCAUCAUGACUCCGCGGUCGAGCCCAAGCCCGACGGGUCUGCGUCUGCCUCUCAGCAGCCAUCGGCCCAGGAUACGACGGAGCAGACGAGAUGCCCGUCGUCCUCAUCUUCCCUGGGACCCGAGCAGACGAACAUGCACGAUGGAGAAAAAGCUCCCCCCGUAGGGGAGUCGUCGAAACCCAACGUCUUUUUCCGUAUCUAUGCAACUUGCAAGACAAUCAUCCUGUCCAGCUGGAUUAACUGGCUGCUCCUGUGCGUCCCUCCUGGCAUUGCCCUCGGAGCGCUCCAUCGGAACAUGGGCGACCAGAGUCCUGUCAGCCCGACGGUAGUAUUCGCCAUCAAUGCGGUCGCUAUCAUCCCUCUGGCAUCCAUUCUGGGAUAUGCAACAGAAUGCGUGGCUUCCGAGAUGGGAGAUACCGUCGGAGCCUUGAUGAACGUCACCUUUGGCAACGCAGUCGAGCUGAUCAUCUUUAUCAUUGCCCUAGUGGCUAAUGAGAUCCAGAUCGUGCAAGCGUCCCUGUUGGGCUCUAUCCUGGCCAACUUGCUCCUCAUCAUGGGGAUGUGUUUCCUGUUUGGCGGUUUACGAUUCCGCGAACAGCUCUACAAUUCCGCGGUCACCCAGAUGAGCGCCUGUCUACUCAGUCUGAGCGUCAUGAGUCUCCUCUUGCCGACGGCUUUCCACGCUUCCUUCAGCAACCUGCAGAAGGCAGACCAAGUAGUGCUCAAAGUCAGUCGGGGCACCAGUGUCGUCUUGCUUCUGGUGUAUCUUCUCUACUUGCUGUUUCAGCUGAAAUCGCAUGCUUAUAUCUAUGAGAGUACACCCCAACACAAGAUCGAUGAGGAGUCUCAUCCGGGAGUGUUAGCGGAGAUGCUACACACCGACUCGUCCAGUAGCGACCAAGACAGCGAUGCCACCUCCGGCUCCCACACGACUGCGAAACGUCUUCGAAGGGCUUUCCGGAAGAAGAGACGCCGCAGUUCCAACACUAGCUCGAAUGACACUCAUUCGGUGCCAUCGUUCGUCCGCUCGUUUUCUUCCAGUGCCCCUACAGUAGAGAUCUCGUCCGCCAGUGAGUUUCCCGCCAACCUGCCAGCUCGCGCUACCCCGGGUCCGGACGCGGUGGCCAGCGGUGAUGAGGCGGACGCUGAAACGGCGGUCAUGGCCGCGCCGCCCUCGUUCUCUGACUUUCGCUCUCGCGAUUUUGAGGCGGAGCAGAUGAAACCUGGCCACCCAACGGUAUCUGUUGCUGAUACCAAGCGGAAGGGUCGCCCUUGGCGAAAGAACAAAGAGCGCGAGCGAGCGCAGUCUAGAUAUGCCAAGAGCGAGACCAGCGCCGAUCGACCUGGAUCGGAGCCGGUAGUGGAUCCCAUUGAUAUCACGAGCGCCAAAGCACCACUCACCUCGUUCAACAUCCGCUCUCUCUCUUAUCGCCCGCCAGUGCCUCGCGUGUUGGCGUCGACCAUCUUUGCUCCAACCCCUCACCCAGUCAAUACUAAUGUCGAUGGUAAGGACACGCGCGAUCUCCGGAGAACGACGUCUCUUCCCGACCGUCUGCACGGUCUGCCAGUCCAGAAUGCUGUCCCGUUGGCUCAACCGCUUCCACACCUGGUUCCGCCCAAGCGGACUGCGACCAAGGACGACUCUGACGGGAAGCCGGCUCUAUCUCGAGCACCUGCUAUCGUCCUGCUGCUCGUCACGACCGGGUUGGUUGCGGCUUGCGCCGAGUUCCUGGUCGACUCGAUCGACUAUCUCGUAGAGAGCACGGGAGUCAGUGAAGCAUUUAUUGGGCUGAUCAUCCUCCCCAUCGUGGGAAACGCCGCAGAGCAUGUCACCGCCGUCACCGUCGCAAGCAAGAAUAAGAUGGAUCUGGCCAUUGGGGUAGCCAUCGGCAGUAGCAUUCAGAUCGCCCUGUUUGUGACCCCGGUGGUCGUCUUGCUGGGAUGGUGUUUGAACACGGAUAUGUCUCUGUAUUUCAGUCUGUUUGAGACAGUCUCCCUGUUCGGAUCGGCCUUCAUCGUCAAUUAUCUGAUGUUGGAUGGCCGCAGUAACUAUCUCGAGGGUGCUCUGCUGAUCGCAGCAUAUGUGAUUAUUGCUGUCGCAGCAUUCUUCUACCCAUCUUGCGAGAACCUAAGCUCAGCUAGCGGUCCCCGCGAUUUGUCGCAAUGCUAACAAGAAGUACACACCAUCCGCAGUUGACUGUGGGAGUAGCAGUAAUCGGUAUGUCGGAGGUAAAGGGAGAAUGAGAUAUUUAUUUCGAUCAGCCCUGUGGAGGGCUGAUCAGGAGGAACUAGGACAUCUGAAUCCGGCUUGUCAAUCGUUAAGAGUUCUUCAGCCGUUCGUUGAUAUUUAUUAUUCUUUUACGGUGAUAUAGCACCAGGCAAAACUGAAGAAACGUGCACUCAAAUUGUCGUCUAAGCACCCCGCGUCCCGCCUUCUAUAGAAAAUCAUAUUUCCAGAUGCGUAUUAUAUCUAUUAUAUCCUACCCACAGCCUGGUGUUCUUCAAACCUCUAUAUCUGGCAGCUUAGAGAAGACAGCGAUCACCAACUAGAGCAAUAAUAUUAAGUAUUAAUUCUCUACCAGACUACAUAG